UUAGUAAAAGCUUCCUGCAGUGAAUAAAACUUUUGCAAGAUUCUCCGUUGCAUAGGAAUCUUCAAUCAUUGAGACAAGAGUUCCAAGUGUCAAUUGAUCUAUGAAUGAAAAGAAAUUGAAAUGCUCCGGCUACACAUUAUAUAUCUAAUUUCGCUCACAUUGUUUGGCGUAAGAAGUGAAAGUAAACUGUUUGGUGCUCAGUGCAAUAACAGCGAAGACAACCAAAACAUUAAGUGCGGGGAUGACAUGCAAGUCACAUGUAACAUGACUCACCAAGAUUAUGAUGCCAAGCUGCUACAAGAUGAGAAACCUAUAGUGAACAUUUCACUUCUGAAAGGGAAUUUCUCAAAGGAUAUUUCUAUUGUGAUGUCUGAAGACAAGCUGCAAUUGAAAAUUACAAUUCAUAAUAUCAAAUUUUCCAGUAAAGUAAAAUAUCUUCUUUGGUUUACAGCAUGGAAUGGAUAUAUUAAAAUACCUAUUAACAUAAAGGUUUCUGGAGUUUGUGACCCAGAGAUCUCCUUCAGGAAUGAUGAAUUAACAUGUGAGGUGGAGAGCCAUAAAGAAUUACUGGUCACUUGGAAGGACAGUAAUAGUACGAUUUUUCCAGGCAAAAAUGAAACAAAUAAAUUAAAUAAAGGAUUUAAGCUGUUCAGUUCUCUGAAAAGAACAAAUUACAACAGUAAAUUACAGAUAUGCUGUUCUGUGUUUGAUGAGGAAGAGAAGAUUACAUGCCUCCCACAAAGCGAAGGAUCGCAUAGUGAGGAAGAAACCAAGGUCUCUUAUUUCAUUAUUUUGCCACUGGUUGCAGUUCUAGCAUUGUUUUGUUUCCUGGCUCUGCGUGGCAUAAAUAGGAGGCCCAUACGGUCAGCUGAGGAGAGUGAAUUCAGCACCUUCCCUUGGAGGAACAGUGUUUACCAAGGCUUUCAGCGGUUGAGGGAAAACGUUAUCCUGAGGGUAGUCAGUGUGGAAAACCCUCAUGAAAAUCAAGGACAAUCUCCAGAAACUUCCAUAGAGCUGAUACCAGCAAUGCCAACUGAACAAGUAUAAUCAAGUCUGCUACUGAUGAAUUAAAGGGAGAGAUUUUUUACUCAAGGAAUAUAUAUAGACUCAUCACAAUGAUUGGUUUGGCAUAUAGCUGCAAUAUGUUAUUUGCUGGCAAACACUAAUAAGAAUAAGGCUGUGGUAAAAUAAAAAUAACAUUUGAUUGAUAAUGGGUAACAGAGAGCAUUAUGUGCCCUAAAUAUAGAACAUAAUUGUACCUUAUCCUGUGCCAACUGUAAACCACACAUUAGUUUAAACUGUAUACUGGCAUUAAAAUCUCUGUAAUUAAGAUGCAUCUCUAAGGCAAGAUAAGUAUUGUACAUGUUUGUGAAAUAAGAAUGAUUGUACCAAAAGAGACCAUACAUACAGAUGUGUCAGCAUUCACCUAGCAUUUUUCUGCCACUUAGCAUGACAGACACUCUGGAAUGGGUAAUGAUGUCUUUUCUUUCCUAAUUUCACAUCAUAGCUGCAUACAAAGUCGCUCACAAUGUAGCUGGGGCACUAUUGUAUUUAGUGCUUUUGUCACAGAGAAAUUGGUAUAAAAUAUGUCUAAAGACACAGAUUGAGCAUAACUGAACAUGGCGGGAGGCAUGGCACAGCCACUCGUAUUGGGACUCUGGUCCUGAUUCAAAGGUGCACGCAGUUCAUGCACGGCUGUGAUAUCUCUGCAACACCUACUUUGCAUAUCUGAGCAAUGCAAUGUGGUGGUGGAUUUGAUCGCUUCACCAUCAAUGCAUAAUGGGGCCAAAUUCAUUGUAGCCUGAUGCCCUAUGUCUAGUGUGCGUGUGCACCC